UCCAACGUAUCUACAAACAUGCAGAUAUCAUUGGUGUUUAGUGUUCUUCUGACAUCUGUAUGGGCCCAAACAGACUUUGUUGGGGACCAAGUCCUCCGGGUGGAGGUGAAAGAUAAUGAACAGCUAGAGAUUCUUAGAGAACUUGAAACCAUGAAACACCUCCAGAUUGACUUCUGGCGGAGUCCUGCUAGGCCGAAUCUUCCAGUGGACAUGAGAGUUCCAUUCCGAAGUCUUCAGGCAGUAAAGAUGUUGUUGGAAUCCAGCAGUAUCUCCUACUCCAUCAUGGUAGACGAUGUUCAGACAUUACUGGAUCAAGAACAGCAGGAAAUGAAACGUUCCAAGAUGCAAGCGAGGAGCAGCAACAGCUUCAGCUAUUCAACCUAUCACACGCUGGAUGAGAUUUACAUGUGGGUUGACAGCUUGAUAGCUGAGUAUCCAAAACUCAUCAGCAAGAUUCAUAUUGGGAACAGCUUUGAAGGUCGCCCAAUAUACGUUUUGAAGUUCAGCACCGGAGAAAACAAACCGGCAAUCUGGAUGGACUUUGGCAUUCACUCCCGAGAGUGGAUUACCCAGGCCACUGGCAUAUGGACGGCAAAGAAGAUUGCCAGCAGCUAUGGGAUUGACCCAUCCGUUACAUCAGUUCUGCAGAACCUGGACAUCUUAAUGGAGAUUGUGACAAACCCAGACGGUUAUGCUUACACACACAGCACGAAUCGUAUGUGGCGUAAGACCAGGUCAAUCAAUGCUGGUUCUUCAUGUGUUGGAGUAGAUCCCAACAGGAACUGGGAUGCCGGCUUCGGAGGUCCUGGUUCCAGCGGUAACCCAUGUGAUGAAACUUAUCAUGGUCCAUAUCCUCACUCGGAGUCAGAAGUUAAUUCUGUUGUGGACUUUGUUCAAGCUCACGGAGAAGUGAAGGCUCUGCUCACCAUCCAUAGUUACUCUCAGAUGUUCUUGUUUCCUUACGGCUACACUCACACCCUUGCGCCGGAUCAUCAGGAACUGAAUGAUCUAGCCAAGGAAGCAGCAGAUGCCUUAUCAUCUUUGCAUGGAACCAAAUACACCUAUGGCACCACUAUUGCCACCAUCUACCAGGCUGAUGGUACAACUACAGACUGGGCCUAUAAUAAUGGGAUCAAAUAUUCCUACACGUUCGAAUUACGGGACACUGGGAAAUAUGGCUUCCUUCUGCCUGCUGAACAGAUAAUAUCAACAGCCGAGGAGACCUGGCUGGCUCUCAUAAAGAUAAUGGAGCAUGUUAAGAAUAACCCAUAUUAGCCAAACACUAGGACAUUCCCAUGAUGAACCAUCUUACUGAGAGAAGUGUUGUGAGGAAUAAAUGUCCCUUAUAGUUAGGAAAACUGACUAUUAUUAUUAAUAAUAAAAAUAAUAAUAUGCUAAUAAACAAAUAAAGUAAUAAAAUAA